UAAUGUUGCAAUGACAGUUUAUUUGCGUCUUAGUAUAGUUCGUUCUUUGUUUAGAAAUUAGGCACAGUUAGUUUAAGGUUUAAGAUCUCAUAAUGUGUCAUUUUUUUAUGUAAAUAUUUUUAGUAGCAGAAUUUAUUAAGUUAUUGCAAUGGAUUAGUUAGGAGAAUUUGGAUUAUAGGGUAGUUUCAAAAUGUCAGCUGACUCCUUGAGAAAACAAUCAAAACAAGCAUACCAUGGCCAAGUUAUUUUACCUCAAGCAAUUAAUGAUCCAUCAAUAAUUGAAAGUGUUGCGGGGUUCAUACAUGAAGUUGUUCCUCAGGGGUUGUUUAAAUUCCAGGCAUAUUCCAGUGUAUUACCUGGUGAAUCACGUGAAGGAAUUUUAUGGGCAAGGUUUGAUUCCACAGAUUAUAACGACCCUGAGAAUUUUCCUCCACUAAGUGAAUGUGAAAGUGAAUCAACUAUACCACUUCUCCUUGUUUUAGGUUAUUCAAGUGGAGUUCAGGUAUGGAGUGUUGGGGGGAGUGGAGAAGCAACAGAACUUCUUUCUUGGUGCCAAGGGACUGUACGUGCAUUAAGGUUCCUACUGAGACCUCAUAAUCGUGACCCACAUGCUUCAAAAAGGCCAUUGGUAGCAAUUGUUGAUAGCAGUUCUCCUGGUCCUCAGUUCUCAACCGUUUCCUUCAUUUCACUUAAAACAGCUGAAGUGGUAAAAAUAAUUAAGUUCAAUUCGCCAAUAUGCGACGUUCAUUGUAAUCGCAAGAGUGUUGUCGUUACAUUUAACGAAAGGAUUGCUGUUUUUGAUUCAGCAACUUUAGAAGAUCGUCUUACAAUUACAACAUGUUACCUUAGUCCUGGAAAUUCACCUAAUCCUAUUGCCCUAGGAACUAGGUGGCUGGCUUAUGGAGAAAAAAGGUUAACAACUUGGCAAAGGAGUUCUGGUGGAUGUGAAGGAGAUGGGGCACAAUCCUAUACAUCUGCAGUAAUUCAUGCAGCCAAGAGCCUUGGUAAGGGCUUAAGAGAGCUGGGUGGCAGUCUAACUGGCAGCAGUCCUCAAAGUUCUCAAAAUGCUCAUGCCCAACCUGGAAUUGUGUCUAUUAUUGACAUUGAGCGAAAGGGAGGGACAAGUGAAGAAGAGCGUGGCAAUAUGAUCGCUCAUUUUGUUGCCCAUACCAGCGCUGUUGUUGCAAUGGCUUUCGAUCCUUCUGGUUUAAUUUUGAUAACAGCUGAUAAGCAUGGUCAUCGUUUUAAUGUAUUCAGAAUCCAUCCUCAUCCCUGCACAUCACAGCUUGCUGCUGUUCAUCAUCUCUAUAUACUUCAUAGGGGAGAAACUACUGCUCGUGUUCAAGAUAUAGCUGUUUCGUGGGAUUCAAGAUGGGUUGCAAUAUCAUCAGUUAGAGGAACUACCCAUGUGUUCCCAAUCACGCCUUAUGGAGGUCUUGUUACUGUCCGUACUCAUACAACUCCACAUGUUGUAAAUAGACUUUCAAGAUUUGAGAGAAGUGCUGGCUUAAGAGAUGGGAGGGGUUCUCCUCUUCCAUGUGAAGCUCCUCCAACGCCACCACCUCCACGCCUGCCUCCAUAUCCACAUCCUUCAGUUAUAACACCCCUAGCACAGCUUAGGGCUCGACCAGAUGAUUCCCCUCUUGCUGCUACAUUCGGACCACCCAGAGCUUGGCUCCCUGGCCGACCAAAAUCUAAGCGCACCUGUGCAGAUUCGCUAUAUGUCAUCUCUACUUCAGGAGUGCUUCUUCAGUAUGAUAUAGAUCCCAAGUGUGCUCAAGGCGUAGCUAAAGAGAAGAUAAGUUAUGAUACAGCCAUAGAAGUAGGAGUUGAAGCCAAGGCUGAAUGGGUUCUUCCGAAACCUCCUUACACAAGUAGUUUAAGUCCACCACUUCCACCUGGUCAUGUUUUUCUUGAUCUCCCUCCCAGACCUCAACCGCCUCCUGAUAAAUGGCUUUCUCAGGUUGAGAUAGUAACGCAUACUGGGCCACAUAGAAGACUAUGGAUGGGUCCUCAAUUCACCUUUAAGUCCAUUGAUCCUCUCCCAUCAAGUGGGGGUGAAGAGGGUGGGAUGGAUAACACUAAUCCGUUAAGGUCCAAUCCUGUGAAUAUGCCCCAUAGACCUUAUCUGUUAGUGGAAACUAGUUCAGGUGGAAGUGUUGGUUCCCCACAGACCGAUACAGAUGAAGCUGGAGGUAGAUUGAGAGAGGACCUCGCCGAUGCCAUGCUUGAAACGCAACUUGGUUCAGGUCAGGCGAGGGGGAAGCUGAGAAGGGCUGAGGUUGAAUGGCAGGUCAAUCCACUCGGGGCCGUUCAAACCCAUCCGGUCGCUGUUGUCACUCAUUGGCCUCACCCUCUCUUCUAUCAACCUUUUCCAGUCAAGAUUCCUAAGGAGGAGCAUCAGGCUGCUGACACCAUUACCCAGGCUUCUCUUGAUAAGAAACAAUCCGAACCAUCUUCUGAUAUAAUUGUAAACACUGUCGAAUCUGAAAAUGUUGAGUUAUAUUCUUUUGAGGAACUUGAAAAACAGCCACCAUCGAGUGAUAUUGACAAUUUGAAACUUAAUGUUGAUGAUAGUGAAGUGUUCGUACGUGAAUCACUGGUAGAGAAAGUACUAGAUGAGUGUGAGAUUAAAAUAAAUUAUUCAUUCCAACCAAAAGAAAUUGAAAAAUCUAAUGCUAACAAAAUUAUUCCUAGUUCAUCAGUUAAUAAUUCAGAGCCUCUAAUUGAUUUCAGCAAAGAUCAAUCUGAAAUAAGUAGUUCUGACAAGGAAGGUGCUACUUCCACAGGAAAAAGUGCGUUAAUAACUCACGAAACUGAAAUGAAGUUCCCAAAGAUUGUUAGUAGAAAAGGGAGAAAGAAAAGAAAAAAAGAUGUACCAAAGCCAUCAUUGACAGAGGAAAAUGUUUCAUCAACUACACAGAAGAAUGAUAAAAAAGAAGAUGAAUCUUUCUUACCAAAUACAGCAACAAGUGAAAUAUUUGUAAUUGCUGAUGAAGACCAAUCAGUGCAGACUAAAAUUUCGUCUAUAGAACAUAAUACCAAUUCAAGUUGUGAUUUAAAAGGUAGUAGUGAUGUUAAUCUGAUGUCAUCCAGUUCAGAAAUACAGUUGGGACCAUUGCAAGAAGUUCAGAUUAAUUUAAUCAUGGAUGAUCUUCCUUCUUCUGGAAUUAAUCCCAUUGAUAAACCUCAUUCUGAAGAAAUUCAUGAACCAAUUAAUGAAGAACUUUCUGAUACUAAUCUAAUCAUUCAGCCAGACACUUUUUCAGAUAAUUCAAAGAUUAAUAGAAGUCAUGUUGAAGAAAUUUUAAUUCUAGAAGAUGAUUUUAAUGUUCAUGAGGAUACCAACAAGUUUAGCAAUGAUAUACUUGCUGAUGAUUUGGUCUCUACUGAAGAAAAAUGCUCUGAUAGUAAUAUUUGUGACAGUCAUUUAGUUGAUUUAGAUGAUUCUGCUAUUGAACCAGUAGUAACUGAGGGAGAUACUGAGCCUUCUUCUAACGACAAAUGUAUCAAUAUUGAAGAAACUAAAACUCCUCUCUCUCAUGAAACUGAUCAAUCAGUUUUAGAGAGUGAUAUGAAUGGUAAUAGACCCUCAAUAUGCGAUAUAGAUGAGGGAAAAUGUUCUGUAGAAUCACUGAUUUCGCAUGAAAGCCAAGAACAUGAUAAUAGUACAACUAAUGACCAAGUUUGUGAAGGAGAAAGUUCAAAUUUGACUGAGUCACCAUGCAUUCCAGAAGAGGAUGCUUCUGAAAACUUCACUAAAGUACAUUUUAAAAAUGGUCGCAGUAACAAAAAUAAACGCCGAAAAAAAGACAAAAAACUUCAUGAAUCGAAUCAGUUAGCUGAUAUUAGUGAAGUUGAUUCUUGUGACUUGGUUUGUGCAAAAUCAGAAACAGUUAUAAAUGAUAGUCCAGAAAACUUGGGUUCGAAUGUAGAAGCAGAUUCAGCUCCUAUAAGGAAAGAAAUUGAUAAUCCGACUUUAAUUUUGUCUGAUGUAAUUUCAACUUGUGAAGCUGUACAAGAGGAACUGAUGAAUCCUUUAGAAAUGAAUGAAAGUGCUCUUGAAGACUCAAUUAAAUGCUUGUCUUCUACUUGUGAAGCACCACUUAUAUUUUCCGAAGAUGUCCAUUCUGAUCAAAUAGCUUCCACAGAUAAAUCAGAGGUAGAAGAUAUAUCAUCUCAUUCUGGUAAGGAAUCUGAUGACUCAAAAAUAAAUAAGAAGGAAAGGUCGAGAAAGCAAAAAAGGAGUGAAUCAUCUGAUAAAGACCAUUCUGAUAAAAAGAAAUCUCCAUCUCCCGCAACAGCUAGAGCAGAAGUUAAGGAUUCUGAGUCAAGUGAUGAAUCUUGUCAAGUCUCAGAAACUAAAACAGCUAUUCAGAAAGUUCCAAAAAGGAAGAAAGGAAAAAAAAGUGAUGAAACAUCCUCAGAAACUCAGUUGAAAGUAAAAGAAUCAUCAGAAAUUAUUGAUAGCGCUGCAGAGGGGCCUAAAGAUAAAAGUUCUGACAGUUCAAAUGAAUAUAGCUCAGAAAAACCAAUGAGGAAACAAAAUGGCAAUAGAAGUUGGAGUAAUGUCGUUAGCAUUGGAGACCAACGUGGCAACAUAGAAGAUCGUGAUUCUGUCUAUGAAUCAUGUAAUGAUGAUGGAGCAAGUGAUUCCCUUGCAUUUGAAUCAAGCAAGGAAGACUUUGAUGAGAGUGCAUUAAAAACUCCUGCGUUAGAGUUGACAUCAUCAAAUACUGAAGAGAAAACAGAUUCUAGUGAUAAAUUGAACCAAAUAUCAUCAAAAAAGUUACGAAAACAAAAAAAGAAGAAAAGAUGAUGUUGUUGGUCCCAUUACUUUUCACUUGUAAAAUUAAGUGUAACUAUUAGGUGUAUCCCGGCUCUCAUAUGACUAUUUGUUGAGAGUUGUGCUCAAAUUGACAAGCGUCUCAUUUUGGG